AUGGCUUCAACGAUCACCCUCCCCGCCGACACGAUCGACGACCUCAUCUACGACGCCCGCUCCGGCGACCUGGCCGCCCUCAAGGAGGACCUGACCGCCUGCAGCGCCCAGUUUCCGGACGUCUCGCUGGGCGCCCUCGUGGCCGCCGCCAUCGACGCCGCCCCGGAAGCCGAGGGAGGCAGCGGAUCCAGCCUGUUGCAUUUCCCGGCUGCGAAUGGGAAUAUCGAAAUCCUAACCUACCUGCUCACCCUCCUCGCGACGGAGGAGGAGUCGACGCGCCGCCGCAUCGUCAACCACCGCAACCAUUCCGGCAACACGCCGCUGCACUGGGCGGCGCUGAACACGCACCUGGACUGCGUCAAGGCGCUCGUCGAGGCCGGCGCCGACAGCUCCGUCAAGAAUGACGCUGGCCUCGAUCCCGUCUUCCUGGCUGAGCGCGCGGACUGGUCGACGCAGGAGGAUGGAGGUGCUGCUGCUGACGCUGAGGCAGACGCAAACGCGGACGCGGAUGCCGCUGCUGAUCCCGGGAAGAUGUCCAAGGGACGGCAGGUCGUGGAGUGGAUGUUGAGCGCCGAGGUGGCUGCUGCUGGUGGGGAUUCGGAGACGGUGGUGGCCUCGGCCGGGGUGCCGGUUACGGGGAAUGGGGAUGAGUAA